AUGGCGGUAUUAAGUGAAGCACAAGGCUAUGGAAUUGUGGUGGGACUCGGUCUGGGGUUCGCCUUCUUGAUCAUGUUAAUCUCAUGGAUCUUGAAGAAAUAUGCCCACGAGGUUCAGACAUCCGAGGAGUUUAAUACUGCUGGUCGUUCAGUCAAGACCGGUUUGAUUGCAGCAGCUGUGUGCUCAUCCUGGACAUGGGCGGCCACGCUUCUUCAGUCCACCUCAACAGGUUAUCGAUAUGGCGUUUCUGGUCCAUUCUGGUAUGCUUCUGGUGCGACUGUUCAAAUCAUCCUAUUCGCAUCUUUGGCAAUUGAACUCAAGCGCCGCGCACCAUCAGCACAUACUUAUCUCGAACUCAUCCGUGCACGAUAUGGAACCGGCGCCCACAUUACCUACCUAGUAUUUGCUACUUUCACCAACAUCUUGGUCACCUUGAUGUUGUUGACUGGUGGUUCGGCUGUGGUUCACUACCUUACCGGAAUUCCGACAGCUGCAGCCUGUUUCUUGAUUCCGAUUCCGGUCAUCCUGUUCACCGUCUUUGGAGGUUUAAAGGCUACGAUCAUGAGCGACUACACUCACUCCGCCUUGGUUAUCAUCUUUAUCUUGAUCUUUACCUUCAAGAUCUAUGUUACAAGUCCGGAACUUGGGUCUUUCGGCAAAGUCUGGGAGCUUUUGGUUGAGGCUUCCAAAAACGAGCCAGUUCCUGGAAACGAACAAGGUAGCUACUUGACCAUGAAGUCCAGGGAUGGUGGCGUCUUUUUCGUCAUCAACAUUGUUGGUAACUUCGGAACUGUGUUCUUGGACCAGGGCUACUGGCAAAAGGCCAUCUCCUCCGAUAUUGGUGCCGCUUUGAACGGAUACGUCCUUGGUGGUAUCAGUUGGUUCUCCAUUCCAUUCCUCUGCGCUACUACCAUGGGUCUUGCUGGUGUCGCACUCCAGAACAACCCAGCCUGGCCAAGUUAUCCAAACCGUCUCCCGGAAGCCGAUGUUUCGGCUGGUCUCGUUCUUCCCAACGUCGCUGUUGCUUUGAUGGGCCAACAAGGUGGUUUGAUUGCAUUGGUUCUUUUGUUCUUGGCUGUAUCCAGCGCUUUCUCAUCCGAAUUGGUCGCCGUUUCGUCCAUUUUCACCUAUGAUGUCUACCGCACCUACAUCAACCCAAAUGCAUCCGGUCGUCGUCUAAGAAAUCUCUCCCACAUCGCUGUCGUUGGAUUUUCCUUCUUCAUUGCUGGAUUCUCCGUCGGCCUCUGGUACAUUGGUAUCAGUUUGGGAUACCUCUACUUGAUGAUGGGUGUCGUGAUCAGCUCUGCCGUUUUGCCCGCCGCUUGCACCAUGUUGUCAACCAAGCAAAACAAGGUUGCAGUUAUUGCUAGCCCAAUCCUCGGAACUAUCUGCAGUUUCAUCGGUUGGUUCGUCACAGCCUACAAGAAGUUCGGUGUUAUUAACGUCGCUUCUACCGGCUCUAACGACCCUAUGCUUGUCGGUAACCUUGUCGCUCUCCUCUCACCAAUUCUCUUUAUCCCACUCUUCACCAUCAUCUUCGGCCCCCAGAAUUACGACUGGACUACCAUGAGGACUGAGAUCAAACUCGUCGAUGACUCUGAAUUCCUUAAGGAGGACGCCAACAUUCGAACCAUCCAGCACGAAGCAGUUGGUGAGGAAUACGAAGCACAACAGAAACUACUUAAGCGCAAGUCGCUCAUUGCCAAGGUCGUCGCCUUGACUCUCACCGUCUGCUUGUUGCUCCUCUGGCCAAUUCCAAUGUACGGCAGCAAAUACGUCUUCAGCGAGAAGUUUUUCACUGGUUGGGUUAUUGUUGGUAUUAUCUGGGCUUUUGUUGCUCUUGGAAUUACUGGUGUCUACCCACUCUGGGAAGGCAGAGAAAGCAUGGCCCGCGUUGGGAAAGGUUUCAUUCAGGCAAUCACCGGAAAAUCCCCUCCAGUUACUCAUGGUAUCCCGCAAGAGCAAUCUAGCGAUAUCGAUGAGAAGGGAGCUUCAUCUCCAGACCAAAAGGGUGUCUCUGUUUGA